GAGUGGGUCGAGGCUGCGGCGAACAACGUGCCUGCGGACCGCGACGACGCGGUCAUUAUGCGCGCAGACAUCUCCGCGACGACGCCCUAGCCGACAUCGGAGCCGCACCACGAGUACCUCGAUCUUAGGUUCCCCGAGUGCAGCUCGCGACACCACCGUCACCACUACCGUCACCGUCGUGCGCUCGCGACGUCAUGGUGUCCGUGCGCUUGUUCGUCGCGCUGUCCACCGUCGCUCUGGUGGCGGCCGAACCGCUAGCCGACCUCUACGCGCCAUCCUCUUCGACCGGAGUCCGCGGCGUCAGGAUCAGGAGACAGCUGCCGCCGCUCGAGGAGGGCAACCAAGUGAUCGACAGCAUAUUUCAGAUUCCCAUCGGGACGUUGAACGCCGUCGGGACACUGAUCAAGACCGCUCGGCCAAUUGUGCGAAGGACCCGCGAACGCAUUCAGCAGUACUACAACGGUCAGCAGCAAACCUCUGGGAUUUCGCAACAGCAGCAGCAGCAGCAGUAUUACUAUUCCUCCGCUAACAGGCCAACUCGGGUACCGGCAUCAACGUCUUCGUAUGCUAACCGACCCUACUACACCUCUUAUUUCAACAAAAACUACAACAACAGGAGAAAACAACAACGUGAUGAUCCACUUCCCCAAGGUCGUCACGGGGACGGUGAUGACUAUUGAUCAAACGGUCUUGUGAAAUUACUCAAAAACAGUAGGCAACAGUAGACUAAAAUCAAAACCAUGGAUCUUAAUAUUUUUCAAAAUUAAAAUUUUUCAAUUUAUGCGUCAAAGUUCGUCCCGACGUCCUUGGUCAUGGGCAUUGGGUCUACCACCUGCUGCACACGCAAGGAAGAGCGAUUGUAAUUUUUAGUGUUUUAUUUUUAUUUAUUUUUUCUACCACAUAAUAUGACAUGUACUUACAAUAAGUAGUUUAUAAUAUUGUACGAUCACGGUAUCAAAGAUAUUUAGGGUAUAAAUGUGUACUUUAACGAUAUAGUUUCUAAAUGAAUUUGAAUGACGGUUUUAUUUCAAUGUUUUGAAUUUUAAUAGUUUUGGAAACGUGACAGUACCGUAGUUGAGAUUGUGACAUACAUAUAGGCAGAAGUAUUCAGAUCCGUACUAUGUUUAGAUUUAAUGGGAUAAUAUUUAUAAUGUAAAAAAAAAACGUAAUUUUCGUAAAAAUUCACAAAUUUGUAUACUUAUUUGAAACAUAAUCGUUCGUGUUGCUAUAAAAUAAUAUUUUAUAUUAAGUUUAAAUGGAAAUAAUAUAAUAGAAUUGAAUCAUAU